AAGAAAAAAUACCUUGAUCCGACCCAUAACCGUCUCUUAACAAUUCCAAUCUUGUCCCUAGAAGUUGCCAACAAGAGGCACCUCAAAAGACGGUCGACGCAAAAGCUAAACGGAAACUCAAAGAAAUUGAAGAGUUCGAUAAAAACGUAGCUAAACAAGGAUCUAACAAAGAAAAUACCAAGCAAGAAAUGGUAGUCCCUAAAAAAGAAGAGUACAAAGUGGUAGAAGAAGUAAACACAGACUCCAAGCUACCCCCACUGGUUAAGAAUCAUGAUGACCGGAUAGUUUAUCCUUUCGUUGGAGUUUAUCUAUUCCUUAAAUCAGAUGGUGAGAAUACAGAGCAAAUAGUUGAGAUGGUGGGUGGGGAGGCGGCUGAGAGUCACAGAACAGAGCAGCUGUCACGUGUUACCAUGACAACAACAGUUCUCAACAAACAGUCAUCACAACCUUGGAUUGAGGUGGUACUGCAAGAAAAGGAUUAUAGUAAAAGCACGAGGAAUAUUUUAGAAGGGAAACGUUGGCACGGUUCCAAUGUUCUUUACUCCUGUCACGUUAUAUCCCUUCUUAAUAUGCUUCAGAUGCUGGCUAUCAAUCAUGACAUAGCAGAGAUGUGGGUUACAGAUCAUGAUAAGUACCGACAAGUUGUACCAGAUGAGACUUUAGUUAUUGACGUCAACCCUUACUCUCUACCCGUAGCUUGAACUAAACAACGUGUUACUAACACGUUACUACUCACUGUUAGUUUGUGCUUAAUAAAUUCAUAAUUAAUUGCGUCGAACUGGUGCUUAACUUGUCAUGAUAACCUAACUUGUCACGUGUGAUGUUGGUCACGUGACCAGUGUGAUUGAGUGAUGUUGGUCACGUGACCAGUGUGAUUGAGUGAUAUUGGUCACGUGACCAGUGUGAUUGAGUGAUGUUGGUCACGUGACCAGUGUGAUUGAGUGAUGUUGGUCACGUGACGGAACAAACAAAUUCGGCUGCUUCAGCACAGGAUAUUGCAUCAAAACUGUUCGCUAUUUAUUCCUUGUUAUGUCGUUUUUGGGGUGUAAAAAUAAAGCUGAUAUUUUAACAAAAAGUUCUGAUUUUGUGGCCGAAAUUCUAGAGUGAAAACCAUUUAGUAUCUAAGAUUCAAUGCUAACAUCGUUAUUCAUUUAAAGUUUUAUUUGUACAUAAAGUGUACGCGUAUAAAGUAAAGACGCAUGUUUAUACCUGAAGUAAUAAACUUAUUUUAUUGAUAUUUGAAUUUUCAUUCGUUUUGUAAUUUUUAUUUGAACCUUUCGCCUAAGGUUUUCUUAUUUUGCCUAAAUAUACCUGAUAUUGAUAAAAGUUAAACCUUUCAUAGUUAUAUCCUAGAGACUUCUUUUUAUCAUGCCAGAUUCUUUAUUUGAAUUCCCCGUUAGACUAUACCUACUUUAACGGAUUUGUUAAUAUUACUUUUAGUCAUCGAAAUUAUAUUUUAUCUAUUCUACUAAUCUGAAA